UAACUGUAACAUGUGGGAGGAACUACUUCCGGUACUAGAGUGGGUAAGCUAAAAGAAUAACAAACAUAUGAAUGAAACGCAAAUUUAUACGUAUAUUUAUGUUAAAUAAUAAAAUAAUAAUAAUUCCGGAAGCCUCCAAGAGCUUUGAUAACGUAUAACGUCAAUUCAUAUAGAAAGCGGGAGACAGCUAGCAGCGUGAAGAGAUUGUGGCACAAAGGGAACACGCUAUGCCUUUCCUUCACGGCUUCAGGAGGAUCGUGUACGAGUACCAGCCGCUGGUGGACUCUGUGAUGUGUGUCCUGGGAGUAGAAGGAGAAAACCAGCGCAGGCAAGAUGAUGAAGAGAGCGUCUCUGGGGCUCUUGUGGAGCUGCUGGAUAGAGAGUCUCAGUCUCCCGUCUUCAUGGAGGGAAUCAGUUACUCCCUUUUUCGAGUGUCGGACCUCGGCUUGAUCAGCGCAGCACGGGUGCUUCUGGAUUACGGAGCUGAUCUCAACUUUGAAGACCCUGUAUCAUAUUACAACCCCUUACACAUCGCAGUGUUGAGGAACAGGCCAGACAUGGUGCAGAUGUUGAUAUUACGUGGAGCUGAAAUCGAAAAGAGGGACAGGAUUCAUGAAAGCAGUCCUCUUGAUUUGGCCAGUGAGGAGGUGGAUAAGCUGCCGUGUCUGCGUGUGCUUCUGGAUCUGGGUGCUGAUGUGAAUGCAAAAGACAAGAAUGGAAAAACUGCACUGCUUCAUGCUUUGGCCAGCAGUGAUGGACUCACAGUCAAUAAUGUGGACAAUAUACAGCUGCUUCUAGAAAGAGGUGCAGAUGUGAACGCCACCACACAUGAUGGCGAGACCCCCAUGUCUUCGCUCACAUUCCUGGUGAAGGAGGCUCUGGACGGCAGCGUGGAGGAUGCGAAGGAGAUCGGGCGUUUCUGUACCCGCGUGGCACAUCUUCUGAUCAGCCACGGCGCCGAUCCCAGCUGCUGCUUGAACGCUACCGACGGGGAAGUGUGGGAACAUUCGCUAACCUACACCAGUCUUGAAAACUUCGACUUGCUGUUUCCCCUGACCACACUCCUCCUCCAGCACGGCGCUUCCUUCAUCUGCUCUCACCACAGCGCCUCCGACUGGACGGGUCAACAGUUGAUAUUCACGCGUCUCGCUGAAGCUUUCGGUGAAGCUUUAGAUUCUGCAGAGGCGGCUGAUGUUUUAGCGAAAGCUGAGGUGCUGUUGGAUCUGGCCAGUAUCUGCUCUCCAGUCGUUCCUCCUCUCUUCCCUCGCUCACAACUGCCCGCGCUAGACAAGGUCUCUACCCAUCAGCCCCUACUGGAGCUCUACAGCAGACUAGAGGAGCAAGAGAGGCGGCCACCACCACUAAGAUGCCUUUGCAGGAGACUCAUCCGCUGCUGUCUGAAGCCCUGGCCCUUUGAAGAGAAGGUGAAAGCCCUGCCACUGCCAGACAGACUGAAGGACUCGCUGCUACCAGAAAACAGCUGGACGGACAGAGCCGGCUGGGACAGAUUCAAACCUCGACGUUCUCAACGCUGAAAGAUGCGGUUUAUGCGUCUGCCUGUAAAUAUGGAGCCCUUAAUGAACACUGCAUUCAUUAAAACUCAGAUAAAAGUGACUUGAUGCCUGCCUCAUUUGAUCAACACGCAGUAGGAUAAUUUUCCUGGUAGUCUGAGAAUGAGAAAGUAAUAAAAAAAUAUAAAUAAGUGUCAUAAAUGUCAUGCAAAUGGUGUGACUUGGUGUUUUCUGUGUCAAAAUGACAGUAACUACACUGUAUUAUAUAUUACCAAGUAAUUUCUGUUCAUUUUGUAGUUUAUCUGUGUAUCUUUCAAUAUGAAAACUGAUAAUUGUUUACAGUUAAAUCUUUAAUGUUGUGUACAGCUUCACUGCCGUAUGUGCAUUGUAUCAUUUUGGCGUGUGUUUAUUUUUAAGCUGUUUUGGAGUUGCUGAUUGGAAUCAUUCUCUGUUUUUUGCUUUCUUAUUUAUGUGAUACUCUGAAUGUGCCUUAACAAGAUCAGCUUUGUAGUUUGCAUAUUGAAGAAAUGUUUAAAUCUCUGCCAUUGUGCAUUGUGAAUAUAUAAUAUAGUUUGUAGCUGUUGAAAUGUGAGUUGGGUGUUCACACUUAAAAAAAUCCAACAUGAAGAAGUGCACUUAAGAAACCCAGAUGAUGCACUUAAUUACAGGAAAAACAAAGUGUGGAAUGUUCAUGUACUUAAUGGUCACAGCAUUAAUUACAAACUAGCCUCUAAAUGUCGUACACUUGACAGUACAUAGUUUAAGUGAAUUGUGUUCAGUAUAUAGUGUCAUUUGGGAGGUAACUAGUGUCUGUGUCAUGAGUAAGUCAUUUGUUUACUUAAUUUGUUACGAUUCAUUAAAAGCCAUUUCAAGUCAUGAGUAAAUAAAGA